AUCAUAAACUGAACUGACGAAUCAAGUAUGAUUUAUGCUUUUUUACGUCCGGACGAAACGAUAUAAUCAUUGUUAUACUAUGGACUAUAUCUUUAGUCCCUGACGCACUGUCUUUAGUAAAAUAACAUUAUAAAGAUGGGCCACAAUAUAAUUGGUAUUAUCGAGAAAUGUGAUACUAUGCCAACCAGGUUAUGAAAAACAAACCAUAACUGUGAAAAUGGUUACUUUUGGGGCACAACAGGACGUACAAAAUAUAAUUUCAAACUUUCGCGCGUUUUUUCUUCUACACUAUCGAAAUUACGACACACACAAUUUUGAGAUUUGUCAGCAAUUAAAUAUUUCAAUACAUCAAAUAAACAUACAGACACAUUUGAUUAAUAAAUUAUUGUUUAUAUACAUCCAUACACGCAAGUAAGUAGAUUUGCACGACAACCGUAAAGUGGUCGCCUUAGUAUUUAUGAACACAAUGGCGGAUCGAAGCACAACUCCGAAAGACAGUACAGAUCCUGUAAAAGAACUCCUGGACACUGAUGAACAAAACCUUGAUACCAAAUCUAAGGAUAGUAAUGGUCGUACACCUUUACACAUCGCCAGUAGCUAUGGACAAUACCCGAUAGUGGAAAAACUGCUCAAGGCUGGAGCAGAGCCCCUGGAUAGGAACAACACAGGACGAACUCCACUCCACGAAGUGUGUACGGGUGGGCACAAGGAAUGCCUCAAUCUUCUUCUCCAACACACGCCGGAAGUAAAUGUCCGCGAUCGUGACAACCAGACGCCAGCCCACACUGCAGCCUUCAAUGGCGAGCUGGGCUGCCUCAAAAUACUACAUGCCAAAGGGAGCAGUUUGGUCGCAGAAGAUAAGCUAGGCAGACAAGUGAGUCACCUUGCUGCCAUGAGGAACCAUAAGAAGAUCCUACAGUACCUCUUUGACCAGGGCGUGGAUCUGGAUAGUCGGUGUGAAAUUGGAAAGACCCCAGUCCAUUACGCUGCCCAGUAUGGAUCACUGGACUGUGUGAUCUUACUAAUACAACGAGACUGCGACAUUACACUCGGUGACAACAAUGGAUACCUCGCAGCUCACCACGCAUCACGUCACGACAAACUCGAUAUUGUUCGCUUCCUGGUCAAGCAGGGCACAUCACUUGAGGUCACACAGGCAGAUGGCAAGACACUUAGUCAUGUGGCAGCCCAGCAUGGAGCACUAAAUGUCUUACAUUGGUUACUAGAGAAGGGAGCAGAUCCUAACCAAACAGACUACUUUGGAAACACACCUGGACAUUAUGCUGCUGACAGUCGGAGGCCAGAAUGUCUAAGCUGCUUUUUGUACCAUGAGGGAGACAUUGAGAGCCAGAACAUUAAGGGGGACACGCCCUUGGAUGCUGCCCGCAAAGCUGGAUGUCCUCUAGAAAUGGAGAAGGGAGUUAACAACAAACAGCCAUGUCAGUUGUGUUUCCAAAAGUACAAGAAGGCUGUGUGGGACAGAUCACAUCCCCCUACAGCAAUGGAGAGACAGCUGAGCAGGGCUAAGACUACAGCCUACAAAAAUCCUGUCCCUGCCCCAGUGAGAGUUCCGACACAGUUACAGCUUAAUCUGAUGAAAAGAGACAAGCGAUUGGCCAAGGCAGCCCCAAAGGUGAACAUGUCCAAACGAGAUUUGUCAGCACAGUACUUUGGGGAAUACCUCGAUCCGAAUGACAUGUUUGCCUUUAAAGCAGAUGAAGAUACUAUUCGAUUCUAGUGUUAAUGAUUUUUUUUUUUUAAAUGACAUGCAAACAGGAAACUGUAAAAAUCAAAGUUCCAAUAUUGUGAUUCACAGUGUACAAUAAGUACAAUUUUAAAUUAAAUGAACUAUCAGCAUUUGAUAAUAUUAUUAAUAUAUUUAUGUAUUUUCUGUUGAUAUAUGUUUUAAUGAGUUAAAUAAAUCAUUUUAAUAUAUGGCUGUCAUAUUUUAAAAAAAAGAAGAGAUAUUUCAGGUUUCCUUUAUAUAGUGUGUACACUUAUAUAACCGUGGGUGGGGGAGGGGGGAGGUAAGAUACAUAUCUGUUUAAGUUUUAAAGAAAAUUCAUAGAGUACGUGUUAGUCAUUCCAAAUAAUGUACUGAUGGACAUUAAAAUUAUCUUAAAACCUUGAUAAUUUUUGGACACUGUUAAAAAAUAAAUGUAUGAUAAUUUUAGGCAGUUGAUCUGAUCCCAGUUUCGCAAAUAUUUCUUUUACAACUUAAGGAAAUAUCUUAAUUAAGUUAAAAGAGGUAAGGAAAAAAUAAAGGGAAGGAAAUUUUCCUUUAAUUCAAUAAAAAAAAUCCAAAGGAAAAAAAGUAAUAUUUAAUUAAUAAAACAAUUGUUUGUGGAGAGUAAAGAUUACACUACCGAUUUUCGAAAACACCAUUAUCAAAAUCAUCAUUUCAGGCACAAUGCUUAUGAAUAUAUUUACCAUUUUUUUAGACUCUUAUUGGGUAAGAAGAGUUAAUUUCCUGUACAGGUUUAUAUAUAUUAUGUUACAUCAGAUCUAGGUGCCAUAAUGAAGACUUAAAUCUUUGAAAUUUAUCUUCAGCUGGUCACUGAUUUGCAGUUAUGUGAAUUAUUUUAAGCAAUUUUCAUAAGUUGAAAGUGUCAAUGGGGCUAGUUAUAUUGCUUCAAGCAUAAUAUGUCAAUGGAAGGGAGACAACUUUUUUUUAAUAUUUUUUUUACACCAGAAUUAAACCCUCGUGUUUGGCAACUGAAGAAUCUUCCACCUCGGGUUGAGAUUCCCCUAUCUCCCCCUAAAGGGGGCGAUAUAUUCUAUUAAUCUUUCCCUGACCCAAAGUGUGGAUAUCUGGCCAAAUGGGGGAGAAAUACACUUGAGUGUAGUUCUAUGUUUCAUUCACACAUACAAGUUUAAUAUGAAACAACAGAUGAAUAUAUGUUAUGUGUAAAAUUGCCCCUCUAAUAAUUUUUCUUGAUGUAUGUACAAUUUGUAUUAAUUGAUUUUGUAAAGAUAUUGUUUCGUAAUCAUGGUUAAAUAUGUUAAUGAUUAUACUACAACUUGUGUAGAGUAGUAUCCUUUACCUCAAAUACUCGGACUUGUAAUGGUACAGUAGAUAUUUGAUCACAAGCCUGUCAGUGUUUUUUUAAAACUAAUAUGAAAGAGAAACUACACUGUUUUGAUUGAUGCACUACACAUAACAAUGUUCAGAAUGGCGUAACCAAAUUUUCCAAUGCAAGUUUUAAGCAAUAUUUGUGGACUUUGUAUCAUGAAGACCUGGGCCGAUAUUCAUGAAAAUGUUCUCAUGCUCAAGCAUAGCCUCUAUGUGCUCAAACCAACUUCCUAGUAACUUGCUUAACCC